AAUAGUGAACGAACUUCACGUUUGUUUGUAUUAUUAUAUGACCUUACCACUGAGUUCAUAUUUGAUCACAGAAGUUACUGUUUUGAGUGUAUUACAUUUGUGUGUGUUAUAAUUAUUCAAGAUUAUGCAGAAUUUGUGUUUUUAAUUUGUGGUUUCGGCAAAGGUUUACUAUAUUAUGAAGUAACGAAAAAUAUGUGAAAAAAUAACCUCACUAUAAAUCAAAUUAUUAAAUCUGUAUUGGCAUGAAAGGAGGCAAUAAAUAAGAUAAAGGCUGCCGAUAUGGACGUCUCGCCUUAGAUUCCAGGGCAUUUUCUCGGUUUGAGCUCCACUCCACUCGCCCUCAGCAUGGUCACUUAAGGGCUCGCAAUGCCUAAAGCACUCACCCGCAAGACCAGUGUGUUUAUAUAAGCCGGUCCUGCCACGCUAACAAACAAACAUUAAAGUGAGUGUUACCGAAAUAUAUAAAUGAACUCUAUUAUUUUUUCGUGGAUUGAUUGUUUACAAUGUGUUAAGUGUCAUUUAUGACUCCAAAAAUGAAGGUAUAUUGGAAGAAGCAGCUACCCGUUGUGGCCUGCAUAUACAUCGGACAGAUGCUGGUAGGUUAUGGUCUGGGGUGGACAGCGCCUGUGGUCCUUAAGAUAUUAGCAGGAAAGAGUUCCAUACGUGACCUGUACAUUACAGAAGAUGAAACGUCGUGGAUCGGCUCCGCGCUGUACCUCGGCACGAUAGCUAGUCCAUACAUUACAACAUAUGUGUCAGACACGAGUGGCCGAAAGCCUUGUCUGGUCUUAGGCGGUGUUGUCACACUCAUUUCGUUUUGUUUGCUGGCAUACGCCUACAACUUCGCCGUUAUGAUUUUUGGAAGGAUAUUAUGCGGGCUUGGAACUGGCAUCAUUUUUGUUGUCAACUUUCUUUACAUUGCUGAAAUUACAUCAACGGAAAUGAGAGGGAUAUCGCUAACAGUUACAGGAAUUUUCGGCACUGUAGGAACGUUCAUAGUUUACAGCAUUGGCCCGUUAGUAUCGUAUGUAGUUGUGUGUUACAUUGGAGUAGGAAUCGCUGCUGUUUACAUCAUUGGUAUGAAUUUUAUACCAGAGACUCCUGUAUAUCAAGUUUUAAGAGGAAAAGAAAACGAAGCCAAACAAACUCUACUUGAACUAGGAAGGGAAGAUGAAGUUGAUGAUAUACUAUUAACUAAAUUAAACGUCCUCUGGCUCUGGCCAGUGGGUAAUGAAUGGAUGGAAAUAUUCACCAACAAAACUAACAGAAAAGCAUUGUUCAUAACCCUUUCUCUAUACAUUUUGCAGCAGAUGAGUGGAGUGAUUUCCAUGAUAUUCUUUUGUACACUUAUUUUUGGUUAUAACAGAAAUAUUAUGGUUGGGUCCUAUGUAGCAGCUGUAGUAUUGGGCAUCACUCAGAUUGUAGGAAGCAGUAUCACACCGUUCUUCUAUGAGAGAUAUGGAAGGAGGUCUUUGCUUCUGUGGUCUACUGGAUCUUGUUCUGUGUGUAUGGCUCUUGUGGGCUUAUAUUUUUUCUUAAAAGAUACGGCGAAACCUAUAGUGGACUACCUGGGAUGGCUGCCCCUGGUUGUAUUAAUCAUUUUCUUCUUGUCUUAUGAUUUUGGUUUUGGUAUCGUUCCCGCCGUAUUACUUGGAGAAAUGUUUCCUCCCAACCUGAGGGGUAUAGGAUCUGCCAUCACCAUCACCAGCUCUUGGCUCGUCGGCUUCGGAGUCACCUCGACCUUCGCCUACAUGCUAAUGUGGCUCAGGACCGACACUGUCUUCUGGAUUUACACUGCAUCUUGCGCUGCGGCUUUCUUCUUCACUGCGAAAUUCGUUCCAGAGACAAAGGGGAAGACUUUCAUGGAGAUCCAAGAACUAUUAAGUAUAUGAUGACGUAUAUUAAUGGUAGUAAAAUGGAAUGAAUAAAAAUCCGUGUCAAUAGGAAUACACAGAUGGAUCUACGAAAUUAUGAAAAAAAAAUACGCAUCACGCCUUAUCUUAGCAGUGAAGUACAAAAUACCCUGUACAAAGUAUCUGGAAUACAAAAUACAAAAUACUUUUAAAUUAAGUAUUUCAAAUACCAGAUACAAAAUACUU